AUGAAUAUUGCCAACAUUCGGCGAUCCCGAAAGAUAUCCAAGGUCGAGGCGAAAGAACUUUCGCUGGAUCAUAUUACAAUAUACAAAGAGUCAAGAUUGGAUACUUGUUCAGAAUUAAAACCUUCUGUGUCAUUGGAUUGCAAUAGAAAUCAAGAAGAUUUCGUCCGGAACUGUCCCUGCCAAAUAAAGACCCUCUGCAUGGCGCUGUCACUCAUGUUUUGUGCCGCCCUCAUAUGGCUCGGAUACCUGCCUUUGGAGUGUAUAUCUGGUAUUGCAACUCGUCAGGUUUCAGCUUCUACCUCCAAUACGACAGAAGUGUUGGAGGUCUUUCAAGUGUACCAACCUGUUUCGACCACUGGAGGCGCAGAUUCUGCAUGCAAUGAUGAGAUACUUCUUAUGGAUCAUGUGUUUGCCUAUAGCUAUGGCAAACCUUUUGUAGGAUAUUACAAUCCACCCAAAUGCAACUUCGACACGGUUCGAAUAAACCUCACUGUGACCUCUAGAGGUCGACAAUAUGAUCGAUUGGCGAUCAUGUACCUUGGGGAUGCAGAGGUAUUCCGUACAUCGACAGCUGAACCAACUACAAAUGGGAUUGUCUGGACAUACAUUAAGGAGAUGUCUCAGUACAAUGCACUGUGGAAAGAACGACAAAAGCUAAUCUUUGAUCUGGGCAAUCUGAUAUCUGACGUCUACACAGGCAGUUUCAAUGCCACACUUACUGCCGUCUUCUCCCAACGGGGCACUACUAUUAGAACAGCGGACAUGAUUCUGCCGAUAUCAGCGUGCAAAUCAGCGUCUAAUGCAUCGAGUGCCUUGAUUGUGCCAUCAGACAAUGUAGAAAUAGCCUACCGAUUGCCCUCCAACACUGCCCGUGCUAUUGUGUCGAUUUCUGCAUGUGGACAGUCCACAGAGGAAUUCUGGUGGUCUAAUGUGUUCUCACCCGACACAGAAUCAUUCGUCAACACGGUUGGCGAACUCUACGGGUAUUCCCCCUUUCGUGAAAUUCAGCUCUAUAUCGACGGUCUGCUUGCUGGGGUCAUCUGGCCAUUUCCAAUUAUCUUCACAGGGGGCGUCUCGCCCGGCUUCUGGCGUCCAAUAGUUGGAAUUGAUGCUUUUGACCUGCGACAGCCCGAGAUAGACAUCUCACCAUUUCUCCCUCUUCUGACUGAUGGGCGAGAACAUUGUUUUGAAAUAAAGAUCGUGGGCUUGGAAAUUCAAGCGAACGGAACUGCCAGACUUUCUGAUUCUGUCGGCUCUUACUGGGUGGUCACGGGAAACAUCUUUUUGUACCUUGAGGGGGAUGCAUCGUAUUCAAGAACUGAUCAAUGGAAGAAGGUGCCUCAAAUAACCGCGCCGACACCACAGUUUACAAUUACACGACUUCUCACCAAAGAUGAGACAGGCGUUAACGAUACACUCUCGUACUCUGUUGUUGCUGAAAGGACUCUCAGUAUCACCUCAACCCAAUUCACUUGGCAUCAGUCCUUGAAGUACUCCAAUUCGGGUCUGCUAAACCAGCAAGGAUUGAGCCAAGCGAAUCACCAACUCACAUCCGGGAAGAUAUCAGCUGCAGAAAUUGGAGUCAACGGAUCUACUGAUGAUCUGGCCUUCGAGUAUCCUUUAUUUGUCAACACAACUUACGGUAUAACUGACACUGAGCUCACCAUAAACGCCCAUAUGGAUAGAGGUCUUGAUAUAGCGGCGACAGGGGUCACUGGUAUCUCUACCUACACCUUAACUUCGGGCCCGUCGAGAUUGCACACCAGGCAAUGGGGCAGCGCAUUCUACCAUUCAGUCACAGGUGGCGGGUCGACAUCUGCUGGAGAUACAACUGAUGUUUUCGAGAGCAUCGCUGAACAAUCAUAUCACAGAAACGUCCGUGCUAUCAAUGCAAGUGUCGUCUCAGAUACAGAUGUCCGACCACAGACUACUUCACUUCAAGCCAUUCAGGAUGUUCUGUUAUCACCAGGCAGAGACAGCGUGAAAAGCAUCAUCGGAAGAGGGCCUGGAGGGAAGAAUUAACACUCAAUGUGAAGCUACUCGGAGGGCAGGUAGACCUAGAUGCAAUAUCUCACUUCCAAGCACUGAUAGAGCUGAAUGGAACAUUACUUUCCUACAUAUCUUUUGUACUUAAUUAAUU